AUGCUCACGGUACCACCUGUUGGCGUGGCAAACUGCUAUCAGUCGCCCGAGACAACAAAGGACAAGCGGUUGAGUGAACACUGGGUGCUGCCAGUUGGCCUCGUGGCAAACGGCGCCAAAUGUGCGGUUUCACCGGCAAAUCAGCAUAAAGACUUUGCGAUUCCGGUCAGCAUAUUUCUGCCAUUGCUAGGUCAGGAAAUGGCCUUAACGUAA